AUGUAUCAGGAAAUGGCACUGCUCCCUGGGAAUCCAGAUCCCGAGCUCACCUCAUAUUCUUACAACAACUUGGAGACACUCUGCGAAGUGCAGACAAAGAAAGGAUUCUUCUACAAAAAAGCCAAACUUCUUCGUCCUGGAGAAGACUUGUGCUGUUUUGCCUGCCGGGAGGACCUGACCAGGUAUGUGAUCAUCAAUGUAGGUGGCAUCAAAUACAGGAUUCCAUGGACCACGUUAGAGAAUUGUCCCUUGACCAGGCUUGGAAAGUUAAAAUCAUGCAACAACUUUGAUGAGAUAAUGGAUAUCUGUGAUGAUUAUGAUGUCAACUGCAAUGAGUUUUUUUUUGACCGCAACCCUUGUGCCUUCCGGACCAUCAUGACGUUUUUGACAGCUGGGAAGCUAAGGCUCCUCAGGGAAAUGUGUGCCCUUUCCUUCCAAGAUGAGCUGGUUUACUGGGGGAUAGAAGAGGAAAAUCUUGAGUGGUGCUGUAAAAAAAGACUGCGGCAGAAAGAGGAAGAGAUGGCAGAAGCCACAUUAUUUGAAGGGGAAAUAAUAGCUAAUGAAGAGCCACAAUGUGCCUUUGAGGACAGCAGCCGCUUGCGUUUGUGCAUGAGAAAGCUCAGGGAUAUGGUGGAGAAUCCUCACUCAGGGAUCCCAGGAAAGAUCUUUGCUUGCAUUUCUGUAUCCUUUGUUGCCAUCACUGCAAUUAGUCUCUGUAUUAGCACCAUGCCAGAUCUCAGAGAAGAAGAAGAACGGGGUGAAUGUUCCCAGAAGUGCCAUGACAUCUUUGUGCUAGAGACCGUCUGUGUGGCGUGGUUUUCCUUUGAGUUCCUCUUGCGCUCGAUUCAGGCAGAGAGCAAGUGCGCCUUCUUGAAGACACCACUCAACAUUAUAGACAUCUUGGCCAUCUUGCCUUUCUACAUCUCUUUGAUUGUAGAUGUGGCCUCUACCAAAAACAGCAGCAAGCCUGGAGGCAGUAGUAGUGGAGUCGGAAACAAGUAUCUAGAGAGAGUGGGUCUGGUCCUCCGCACCUUGCGCGCCCUUCGUAUCCUGUAUGUCAUGCGAUUGGCCCGGCACUCGCUGGGGCUGCAGACCCUGGGGCUCACUGUGCGGCGCUGCACGCGGGAAUUUGGACUCCUCCUCCUCUUCCUUUGUGUCGCUAUGGCACUCUUCUCCCCACUGGUUUACCUGGCAGAGAGUGAAAUGGGAGCGAAGCAGGAAUUCACUAGUGUUCCCAGCAGUUACUGGUGGGCUGUCAUAUCCAUGACAACUGUUGGCUAUGGCGACAUGGUACCCCGUAGCAUUCCAGGACAGGUGGUAGCCCUGAGCAGUAUCUUGAGUGGCAUUUUGCUUAUGGCUUUCCCCGUCACUUCCAUCUUCCACACUUUUUCCCGUUCUUAUAUAGAGCUUAAAGAAGAACAGCAGCGAGCUUCUAGCAGACAGUUUCAUCAAGUGGAAGAAAGCAAUAACAAUCCAAAUGAUGACAGUUCUCAGGAAGAAGAGUCAACCCAUCCAGGUGGGACUGAUGGAGAGGUGAUUUGCACUGAGACUCAACAGGGGAUUGAGAAUUGCUGA